CGCUAGUUGAUGUGACGCGCUACGCGUUGACGUCUCCAAUGGAUAACGUCAAAACGUCAAAACUACAUGGAAUAAAUUUGAUCAAGGCAUUUGCAAGGUAUUGGUCAAAACAAAAACCUAUAGGUACUAAAUCAAUGUCGUGAUCAUGCCUAGAGAAAUCAUCACGAUCCAAACAGGCCAGUGCGGCAACAGCAUCGGCAGUCAAUUCUGGCAACAGCUCUGUCAAGAGCACGGGAUCAACCAAGAUGGCAACCUCGAGGACUUCGCAACGGAGGGCGGCGAUCGUAAGGAUGUCUUCUAUUAUCAGAGUGACGACACGCGAUAUAUCCCCCGAGCGAUUCUGAUAGAUCUUGAACCUCGAGUCAUUAAUGGUAUACAAAAUGGCCCUUACAAGAAUAUCUAUAACCCAGAGAACUUUUACGUCGGCAAAAGUGGCGUGGGGGCGGGGAACAACUGGGGUGACGGAUACCAGACGGGAGAGGCUGUCCACGAGGAAAUCAUGGAAAUGAUAGAGCGAGAAGCAGAUGGAAGCGAUUCUCUCGAGGGAUUUAUGCUACUGCAUUCUAUCGCCGGUGGUACGGGUUCCGGUCUUGGCUCCUUUCUUCUGGAACGAAUGAACGACAGGUUUCCCAAGAAGAUUAUUCAAACAUACUCAGUCUUUCCUGACACUACAAACGCGGGCGAUGUCGUGGUUCACCCAUACAACAGUCUUCUCUCUAUGAGGCGUCUAACGCAGAACGCCGAUUCCGUUGUAGUUCUCGAUAAUGGAGCAUUGUCUCAUAUCGCGGCAGACAGGCUACACGUUCAAGAACCAUCAUUCCAACAAACAAACCAGCUGGUUUCGACAGUCAUGUCUGCUAGCACGACUACAUUGCGAUAUCCCGGAUACAUGCACAAUGACUUAGUCAGCAUCUUGGCCUCCUUGAUACCCACUCCACGCUGUCAUUUCUUAAUGACUGCGUACACCCCCUUCACAGGAGAUCAGGUUGAGCAAGCCAAGACCGUCCGAAAAACCACGGUAUUAGACGUUAUGAGACGAUUAUUGCAACCUAAGAAUCGUAUGGUCUCUACCGUCCCGAGCAAGAAGAGCUGUUACAUUUCUAUCCUAAAUGUCAUCCAAGGCGAGGUUGAUCCGACGGACGUCCAUAAGAGUCUUCUGCGUAUUCGCGAGCGAAGAUUAGCCACGUUCAUACCAUGGGGUCCAGCAAGUAUCCAAGUUGCUCUCACAAAGCGCAGCCCGUACAUCCCGAUGAGCCAUCGUGUUAGCGGCCUCAUGCUAGCUAACCACACCAGCAUAUCUACCCUGUUUAAGCGAAUUGUUCGCCAAUACGACGGUAUGCGGAAGCGGAAUGCCUUCAUCGAUAGUUACAAGAAGACAGCUCCCUUCUCUGAAAAUUUCCACGAAUUUGACGAGGCCAGAGAAGUAGUGACAGACCUGAUCGAGGAAUAUGAGGCUGCUGAAGAUGCCAAUUAUCUAAAUCCCGACGACGGUGACAAGGUCACAUCUGCAGAGACGGAUAAGAGAGUCGCAUAGUCAGCUUCCCACCUCUCUUGAUGAAAUAGGACUCAUGAAGUUAUGUCGCAUUGAAAAGCAUCGUGAAUUGGGUUUUCUACAGCGAUGAAUGACUGAAAAAGGUUGAUAUCGAUACGGAGUUUGGGUGUUUCGGCUCAUUGCGAUUUAAUCGUUGGCGCGAUGCGCGCAGUAGUGGUCUAUUGUACCUGCAUAAUAUCUGUAAAUUUACAUAGAUACUAACAUUACAAGACCCUGUCUUACGGUAACAUCUAUUAGCUAUUGAAUUCGCUUAAGACAAACCGUAUUAGGCGUCAAAAGGGGAAGUGUGGUUCAAUAAUAGCCUCUUACAUGCUCAGUUAUGUUCGAUUACGUCUUAGUCAGGGGAUUGUUACACUGAAUCGUAACCGUUUCCCGCAAU